AUGUGCAUUAAUUGUUUUGAAAAUCACAAGGUUGUACAAUGUAAAAGUCCGUCCGUAUGUAACGUUUGCCACUAUAAACACAAUAGUUUGCUACAUUUCGUCAAGCCUGUAUAUAAUAAUAGUACAAGUUCCGUUGUGAGUCAAAGUGAUUCUGUUACCAGUCCAAGUAGCCCCGGUGUAGUUCAAAGUGAUACGUCAGCAUUUUGUUCGACAGUCGAUGAUUCUAUAAUCAAAUGCGGUUCUACAGUGUUGUUGUCAACGGUAAUUGUCCAUGUAUACGAUCAUGUCGGUGUCAGGCAUAGAGUACGUUUCUUGUUAGAUUCUGGUAGUCAAGGGAAUUUCUUGACGGAAGGUUGUAUUAAGAAACUUAGAUUAAAUAUAUCGUCUUCGAAUAUGGUUGUUAAGGGCUUUGGUGGGGACAGUCAGGUUUUAGGAGCCUCGGAUUUAAUUAUUUAUUCACGUUUAAAUUCAUGCGUCAACUAUAAAGUUAAUGUUUUUGUAAUCGAAAAAAUCACAGAUCGGUUACCUAAUGUCAAAAUUUUACGAGAAUCGUGGGAACAUUUUAGUUAUCUACCAUUAGCGGAUGAUCAAUUUUGUGAGCCUGGUCCUAUAGAGGGCAUAUUAGGGGCUCAAAUGUUUGCCACUUUAUUAGAAUCACGUAAAAUCAAAAGUAAAAUUAAUUCACUUAUUGCCCUUGAAACAAAGUUGGGUUUCGUAAUAAUGGGCUGUGUACCCAAUUUGCCAGUAGCAUCCACGUCGGUACAAUCCUUUCACACUCAGGUGAAACCGCCAUUAGAAAAGUUGGUGCGUAAAUUUUGGGAAUUAGAGGACAUUCCAACACAAAAUUUCGAGAGUCCAGAAGAUGUGGAAUGCGAGAAAAUUUUUGCGUCGACCGUAAUGCGGGAGAAUUCGGGACGAUAUGUGGUAUCUUUACCUUUUAAACAUAACGCCAAUAAAUUAGGCGAGUCAUACUCAAACGCUUUAAAACGGUUUAAAGCUUUGGAAAAUAAAUUCGAUAAAAAUCCAACGUUGAAGCAACAAUACAGUGCCGUAAUUACGGAACAUUUAGAAAAGGGUUAUAUAUCUUUAGUAAAAAAUAACCCGUCUAUUCCCCAUUAUUUCAUCCCACACCAUGGUGUAUUUAAACCGGACAGUGUGUCCACCCCUCUUCGAUGCGUUUUCGACGCAAGCGCUAAAACUACAAAACAAGUAUCUUUGAAUGACUUGCUUUAUACUGGCGCUAAACUACAAUCGGAUGUAGUUAGUUUGUUUUUAAAUUUUCGUUUGUUUUCGGUUGCAUUCACAGCAGAUAUUCGUCAAAUGUAUCUGAGAAUCGGAAUGCAUCCAGAUCACAGAAAAUUUCAGCUAAUAUUAUGGCGCUUCUCAAAAACCGAUGAAAUUUUAGUAUAUUCGUUAGACACCGUUAGUUUUGGUGUAAAGAGUUCGCCAUUUUUAGCUUUAAGAACGUUAAAACAAUUGGCGUUAGAUGAAGCCGACAAAUACCCGUUUGCUUCGUCAAUUGUUCAACGUGAUUUUUUCAUGGACGAUUUGGUCACAAGCGUCAACACGGUCAAAGAAGCUACGGAAUUAUAUUCGCAGCUCAUUGAGUUAUCUGGAUCGGCCCAAUUUGAAUUGACAAAAUGGGCGACAAAUUCUCAGGAAUUAUUUUCUUUUGUGCCCGAAAAGGACCGUUCUCCUAAAAUAGUAUCCUUUGAUUCAGACAGUCUGAAAAUAUUGGGUAUGCAGUGGUACCCUCAUUCGGAUGUUUUCACUUUUAGUAUUAAUGCCGAACUUAGACCCUGCACUAAACGUAAUGUACUUUCGACAGUCGCUAGGUUGUUUGAUCCGUUAGGAAUAUUAGCACCUGUAACACUAUUAAUAAAACUCUUAAUAAAAAAAUUGUGGAUAUUAAAAUUGGAUUGGGACGAGGCUCCUGAUAGGGAAAUUUGUUUAUUCUGGGAAAAUUUCCAAACUGAUUUAAAAUGUUUAGAAUUGUUUAAAAUUCCUCGUCAUUUUGGGGCGAUUAAAGAUUUACCGGUUGAAUUAAUCGGAUUUUGCGACGCAUGUUUAGAAUCUUAUGGCGCUAUGAUUUACAUUAGGACGGUUACGCCGACUAAUAAAAUAUUGGUUAAUCUAGUUUGUGCGAAAACCAAGGUUGCUCCAAUGCGAACGGAAUCUAUUCCAAGAUUGGAGUUGUGUGCAGCUGUUUUGUUGGCCAGGUUGUUUAAAUUUGCAAUGUCCAGUUUGGAACCGCGCGUUCAGGUUCGAAAAUUAUUUGCAUUUUCCGAUUCGACAGUAACUUUGAAUUGGAUUGGAUCCCCACCCUAUCGUUGGCAAACAUUCGUUGCCAACCGAGUUUCAUUAAUACAAUCGUUGGUAUCAAAUGAAAAUUGGUUUCAUGUAGAGGGGGUACAAAAUAUUAGCGAUGUACUUUCUCGAGGAUUAAGUCCAUCUCAAUUCAUGAAAAUGCCUAAUUGGGUUACGGGUCCAGAGUGGUUAAAAUUAGAACCUUCAUCGUGGCCAAUAAGAAAAAUUUCUGUUAAUUUGGACGUUAUGCCUGAAGAAAAAUUAACGGUUAUGAUUGCUACUCAAAGGGUAGUAUUAACGCCUCCGAUUUAG